AGACUUUCCCCCAGAAAUGUGUCUUGUACUGCCCAGCCCUCUCCUGGACAACACAAGCUCAUAUAAAGUCCGUCAUUUUAUUACUAGAAAAUGAUGUGCACAAAUCCUGUUAUCUCAAAUGGAGCUUCCCAAACACUUCAGUCCAAGCACUCUGGUCUAGAUAAAGCAAUAAAACUAGUUUAACUACUACAGAAAGAUGGAUUUUAAGUGAUUACAAGUAAUGAGGCAUAAAAGUCAGAACUGGUUACCAGAAAAUAAAAGUAAAUCGCAACUAAGGCCUAACUGAACAAGUUAGAGUGAAUUCAAAGCCAAGGUGUCUCUCAUCACACGUUUCAUCAGUCUUACUGGCUGAAUGUUUCCAUCAGGGUCCCUCCCCCAGUCCAAAGCUGUUCCCUUUGUUCUUCAGGUGUCGUGGAUGCUGUGGGAAGAGAGAAAGGAGGAACCAUUAGGAGCAUCUCCUCUUUCCGUUUUUAGCUCUUUCUGUUCUUGGAGAAUCAUCUCCAGCUGAGGUUCAGGAGACAGAAAGUCUAUGUGGAUGGGAACCCCCAGUUGUUUCUUUGUCAAGAUGUAAAUCUUCACCCACAUCCUCUUUCCUGCCAAAGAGAGGCCACUUAACCGGGCGAUGGUCCAUUUGAUUUUGUUGACACCUGGCUGAGGCGUUGGCUACAUUUUUGUCUCUGGCCUGCAUUCUUCCCUCAUCCAAGGAGGAGGGGCCUGGCAUGCUUCCUGCCAGCCAGCUGCGGGUGUCUGCUGUCCCCCACUACGUCUACACAACGAACUAGGGGUAUGACUCCUCUGCCCCAUCGAGGCAGCACAAGGAUCAACAGCAGCAGCAUCAGUGGUGGCCCAGCUGAUCCGGGCCAAACAGAAACCUACCCUGAAGACGGACAUUGCCACGAGCCACCUGUAAGUGGCAGUGGGCAGAAGCUCAUCCCCUCACCCUGUAGUCCAGGAACCUGCCUUUGACCUGUGCAGCCACAUCCUUAAAUAGCUGUUCCACAAAAGUCUUGAGGAGGCAAUCAGAGGACAGAGUCGUGGCUUGGAGGCCUGGUUUGGAGCAGAUGGAGAGUAGGCAUCACUGGUGACAUACAGAGGAUGCUGGUGCAGCAAGACUUCCCAAAGCUCCUCCAGCUACCUCCUGCACUGCACUGCUCCGCUCCUCCCCGCUGCCCCCCGUGACCAUGAGAGCAGUCUGUCUCAUCCUGCUGUGUCUGCCAGCAGCACUCCUGGCCCAGGGACAAUACGAUCUCGAAGGACCCCCUUAUCUUGACCAGCUGCAGUAUUCCCAGUACGACCCUCAGUUAGACAAUCAAGAUUACUAUGACUAUCAAGAUGUCACCCAGCGCACUCCCGAAGAGCAGUUCCAGUAUCAGUCCCAGCAACAGACCCAGCAGGAGAUCAUCCCAGCGCCAACCCCCGCUCUUCCCGAGACCGAACCCACAGAACCUGGACCUCUUGAUUGCCGGGAGGAGCAGUAUCCCUGCACCAGGCUCUACUCCGUCCACAAGCCCUGCAAGCAGUGCCUGAACGAGAUCUGCUUCUACAGCCUUCGACGGGUGUACGUUAUUAACAAGGAAAUCUGUGUCCGUACUGUCUGCGCCCACGAAGAGCUGCUCCGAGCUGACCUGUGCCGUGACAAGUUCUCCAAAUGCGGCGUGCUGGCAACCAGCGGCCUCUGCCAGACCGUGGCUACCUCCUGCGCCAGAAGCUGCGGCGGCUGCUAAGGCUGGACGGCGGAUGCCCCAGCAGACGCACAGGCCACGACUCUGCUCAAGGCCAGGCCAAGCCGACCCAGAGGAAAGCUCUCUCCCCGAGCUACCUUCCGUCUGCCCCGGUAGAAUAACAUUGUCAUUGUGCUCAUGAAAUCAAUGGUGCUAAGGAAACAUGGUGCAUGAAACAGCAUAGAAGUCCAUUUUGUGCACAUAAUAUAGGGAUUUUUAUGUUUUUUUAUUACUUUUUAUGAUAUUGGAAGAGUCACCGGCAGGGGCUGGGCUGAGCCAGUGCAGUCUGAUUGGACUCAGCUGGCGCACGCCAGCCCAGCCGGGCUGCUGGCUCAAUUUAUACGUAGAGUAUCCAAGAGAACAAGUGUAAGGGGUUGUCUGAAUUUCUGGUCUGUUCCCCCCACCCCACCCUUUUGCUGCUUUCUUAGACCGUUGCCCCCGUCUCUCCUUCCUCCUCCUCCUCCUUUCCAGUGGAUUUGAUGGCUGCUGCUUUAUUCCUUGGUUUGGACCAGGGUGCAGUUUGAAGCUCAUCCUGGAUGCUUGCCCAAGGGUCUAUUGUUUGGGGCCCAUCUGGCCCCAAAAUUGUGCCGGGCUUGGUCAACUCUGUAGCUGCCACAACGCUGCUGUAGCUGGGCUCUGCCCGCUGCGUCCCACCCCCACUCUGCCUCACGCCCCGGUCUCCUUGUGAACGCGCCAGCUGGCUGAGUGGCAGCUUGGCACAUGCCCCCAUUCGCCUCUGCUCAAGUGUCAGGAUAGCACUGAUUGUUACCUGACCCGCGGCGACUGCCGUGAGGGAAACAGUGGCUCGGCUGAAGAUGUCUGAGCUGGGCUGCAGCAGGUACAUUGUACUGCCCGAGAGGCAGCCCGGGGCGUAUUUUGACAGCUGGCAGUUUCAUCGUUGGGUGCUGCUGCAGAGAUGGGAGAAGCCCAUUCUCUCCGUGCAGGGACUUUGGAUCCCAUGGGGGAGAUGACGGGCUAGAGAGGUCAGCUGCCAGAGCAAAUUACUUACGCCCAUUGCAGCCAACCGCAACUGUAGGAGCUCGGCCCUUCAGAAACUCAGAGCUCGGAUGAUGCUGGUGCCUGCUCCCACCUGGUCCUUACUUGAAGAGAAAAUGACUCUUUUGAGGUAGACACCGCACAGACGGGUGGAUGGAGGCCACUCAUACCAUCUCCCUCUGUGCUUUACCAAAGUCAGCCCUUUUCAGGUGUGGACUUUAACUCUUUCCCCAUGCUCUUGCUCCUUCAUCUCAUCUGCUUCCUCGGACGGGUGCCAGCCCCCUCAUACCACUCCCGGCUGUGUCCACCUGCAGGGGAGCCUUGUGGUCCACUGUUCACUUAAAAAUCAUUGGCCGUCUCUGCCUCAAUGAGCCAGGAAUCUCUCUUUCUUGCAGCUCCAGACCUGAUCCAACCGGGGGACCCCUCCCCUCCUUCCCUUCCAGCUAGGUAUUUAGGGUUACCGCGCUCAGCAUUUCUGUGCGUAAAUGAUUUAGGAACCUAAAUCCCAUUGGCAGUCAGAGAUUUAGGCUCCUAAAUAGCAAUGCUGAGUACAGCAACUGCAAAAUAGCUUUUGUAAAAAAGGAGCUGGGCCAUUGAUGCAGAUGUGGCCCUGACUGCGGGCGGUGAACUGGCCCAGGCUCACUUGCUCCCAGGGCUUAGAGGGGCCCCGCAGCGUUGCAUUCUCCUGUACUGUUCUGGUUUUCUUGCUUUCGCUGUAGCGUUGUACGGAUAAUUCCUUUUUUUUUUUUUUGUACAAAAUGAAUGUUUUAAAAAAAUAAACAACCCGAAAAGGUCA